AUGUUCGCCGCAUUCUCAUCACUCCGCACCAAGCUGGCCCCCGUCGCCAGGACACAGGUCAUGGCUAUGGCAGCACCAUCGCCCGUCGUCGCCUCAGUCCCCACCAACUCCAUCUUCUCGACCUUGACCGGAUUCCGUCUCCCCUCCGUCUUUGGAUCAAGUCAGGCCCGCUUCGUCUCGUACGGUCGCGAAUACCAGCCCUCACAACGCGUCCGCAAGCGCCGCCACGGUUUCUUGGCCAGGAUGAAGUCAAGAGGCGGCCGCAAGAUCAUUCACAACCGCCUCCUCAAGGGCCGCAAAUACCUCAGCCACUAA